AUGCUGAGUAAAUGCGGGGUCGCCGACAUGCUGCGAUCGACCUCAACCGUCACGCUGUUUUCCUCGGCCUUCAGACGCACACUCCGCGCAGGCGCAUCCGGCAUCUCGGUCGCCCCACUCGCUACCGCAAGCCUCCAGAAGAACACUGCGCAAAGCACGCAAGUUCCACGGAUAGCCGCCAGAGGGAUGCAUAGCAACGUUGUCAUCAUCGGCUCGGGGCCCGCUGCCCACACGGCCGCCGUCUAUCUGGCCCGCGCCGAGCUGAACCCGAUUCUGUACGAGGGUUUCAUGGCCAAUGGAAUCGCUGCCGGCGGCCAGUUGACCACCACCACCGAUGUCGAGAACUUCCCCGGUUUCCCCGACGGCAUUAUGGGCGGCGAGCUGAUGGACGCAAUGAGAAGGCAAUCUGAGCGCUUCGGUACCAAGAUCAUCUCCGAGACCGUCGCCAAGCUGGACCUGUCCUCGAGACCCUUCAAGUACGAAAUGGAAUGGUCGCCGGGCGAGGAGCACACCGCAGACUCGGUGAUUAUCGCCACGGGCGCUUCGGCCAAGCGACUGGGUCUUGCCGGGGAGGAGAAAUACUGGCAGAGUGGUGUCAGUGCUUGCGCUGUGUGCGACGGUGCCGUGCCCAUCUUCCGCAACAAGCCUCUGGUCGUCAUUGGUGGUGGCGACAGCGCUGCCGAGGAGGCGACUUUCCUCACCAAGUAUGGUAGCCACGUUACGGUGCUGGUGCGCAGAGAUUCGCUGCGGGCGAGCAAUAUCAUGGCCAAGCGCCUGUUGGACCACCCCAAGGUCACCGUCCGGUAUCACAGCAAGGGCGCUGAGAUCAAGGGCGACGGCAGGGUCAUGACCCAUCUGGUGGUGGAGGACACAGUCACCGGCAAGCAGGAGACGAUAGAAGCAAACGGCCUGUUCUACGCCAUUGGACAUGACCCGGCCACGUCUCUGGUCAAGGGCCAGCUAGACACGGACGACAUGGGCUACAUCAUCACAAAGCCUGGCACCCCGCUGACCAGCAUUGAGGGUGUGUUCGCUGCGGGUGACGUGCAGGACAAGACAUACAGACAGGCCAUCACAAGCGCAGGUUCCGGCUGCAUGGCGGCCAUGGAUGCCGAGAAGUUCCUUGCCGACAAAGAGGUGGAAGAGCGAGAGGGUACCGUUCCCAAGAUCUAA